AUGGAUGUCUUUGCUCAUAGCUUUAUUGGCCACAAGCCCAGCACCCUCAGCUCCAGUGACAUCACCAGGGUCUUGUCACACACAGACUUGAACCAGAUGUGGCAGAGGGACCUCAGGCCUCUGCUAGUGUCACGGUACCCCAUCUCUGCAGCACAUCUAGAGCACCCUGGGUCCCCUAGGGCAGGCUGGGAUGUUAAGGAGGACACGUUUGAGUCACACACCCCUUACGGUCCCAUGACCUUCAACAACAUCAUCGCAACUCUCAACCCCUCCGCCAAGCGCCGUCUGGUGCUGGCGUGCCACUAUGACUCCAAGUACUACCCUCCCCAGUGGCAUGGGCGUGAGUUCCUGGGUGCCACGGACUCAGCGGUGCCCUGUGCCAUGAUGCUGGAGCUGGUACAGGCUCUGGACCACGAGUUGAAGACUCUAAAGGGAUCCAGUCCCAACCUUUCUCUCCAGCUGUUGUUCUUUGAUGGUGAGGAGGCUCUGUUCCAGUGGACCUCUACAGAUUCCCUGUAUGGCUCCCGCCACCUGGCCAAGAAGAUGGAGAACGCAGCACACCCACCUGGAGCCACAGACACCAAUGAAAUGCAUGGCAUUACGAAGAUCUGCACGGAAUCCGGAGCCCAUGGCUACAACUGCACCGUGGCCAGAGCCGAUGGAGUGGUGUGGGAUGUGUACGCCGACAUACAGCAGGCCCUGCGUACGGAACCCGCACCUGCACAGUGCCCGGAGAACCGCGCCUACGUGCCCACGGACCUGUUUGUGCUCUUAGACCUGAUUGGAGGCCCUAGCCCUCGCUUUGGCAACCAGUUCCCCAACACUGCCUGGUGGCUCACCAGAAUACAGAACAUUGAGUGUCGUUUGCAUCACAUGGGCCAGCUGAAGGACCAUCCAAAUGACAUUACAUUACUUCUGGCCCGGUGUGCGCAUCCUCCAUCUCAUCCCCACCCCUUCCCCUCAAUGUGGCACACGUUUGAUGACAACGAGCAGAACCUGGACCGCUCCACCAUCGAGAACCUCAAAAAGAUCCUGCAGGUGUUCGUGCUGGAGUACCUCAACAUGAAGCCUCAAUCCCUGAACCCCCAAAACACACACUAA